AUGUCGGUACUCAGCGUAGAAGAGUUUGGCUUGCUCCAGACAGAGCUCAUUAACGCUAAACAGGCUGCGCACGAGGCCGAGGAGGGUCGGAGUCAUGCCGAGGCUCAGCUGGCUGCGCUCCGCAAGGAGGUCAAGACGAUGACCAAGGACCUUGGCAAGGCGCAGAAGGUCAUCGCCAAGUCUAAGGACAAGAAGAAAGUCAAGGCGCUGGUGGAGGAGGUGGAGGAGAUGAAGGCUGAGAUGCGACAGGCAGAGGCAGAGUACGAGACACGGCAUCAGGCCAUGGCAGAAUCGAUGCGGAGUAAGCAGCUGGCCAGUGCUGGUGUGGAGGCUGUGGAUGGACAGAGCCAUGCCGAUCACAAUGCCGAACUAGAGAGGCUGCGAUCGGCGCUAGCGGCAGCAGAUGAGGCGGCAGCAGCGGCUGCCAGGCGAGUGGAGGAACUCAACGAGGGCAAUGUUGCCACGCAAGAGAUCCUCGCCGCCAAGAUGGAGCAGCUGAUGGAGUACGAGCAGCGAGUGCAGGACCUCGAGACACAGCUUGCCGCAUCACCCGCACCUGCAGCAGCGCCAGCAGCCAAGGCCGAUGACGAUGACGAUGGUGAGCUGAUGCUCGUAGGCUUGGAUGGAAACGCUCGAGCGGACGAUGAAUCGAUGGCGAGGCUUCAGGUUGAGGUCAAGCAGGCGAAGGCCGAAAGCACUGAUCUAGCGGCGUCGCUGGAAAAGGCACAGGCUGAGAUGGGGCAGCUACUGGCUGAGAUGGAGCAGGUGAAGGCUGAGAACGCCGAUCUGAUGGCGUCGCUGGAAAAGGCACAGGCUGAGGUGGAGCAGGCAAAUAGCGAUGUUGGCGACGGCGUCGCAAAGCUGCAGGCCGAGCUGGACGCGGCAAGAGUUGAGGUUGAAGGUGUAUCGGCCAAUCUGCAGGCCGAGCUCGAGCAAGCUAAGGCUGAGAAUGCCGAUCUGAAGGCUGAGAAUGCCGAUCUGAUGGCUUCGCUGGAAAAGGCCCAGGCUGAGGUGGAGCAGGCAAAGUGCGAUGCUGGCGACGGCGUCGCAAAGCUGCAGGCCGAGCUGGACGCAGCGAGAGUUGAGGUUGAAAAUGCAUCGGCAUCGCUUGUCAACAUGCAGGCCGAGAUGGAACAGGCGAAGGCCGAGAACGCUGAUCUGAUGGCGUCGCUGGAAAAGGCCCAGGCUGAGGUGGAGCAGGCAAAGUGCGAUGCUGGCGACCGCGUCACAAGGCUGCAGGCCGAGCUGGAGGCCGCGAGAAUUGAGGUCGAAGAUGUAACGGCCAAUCUGCAGGCCGAGCUCGAGCAAGCCAAGGCUGAGAAUACCGAUUUGAUGGCGUCGCUGGAAAAGUCAAAUGUCACAGUGGAAGAGACCAAGGCCAAGGCUAACGAGAUGGAGAAUGCGGUGGCUGAUGCUACCGCUAGCACAGCUGCACUGGAGACGAGCAAGGUGGAGCUUGAAGGUCAAUUCGCAGCGCUGCGCACCGAGUGCGAGGCGACAGCGGCUGCACUUCGGGAUGCGGAAGAGGCACGCGACGUCCUCGCAGAGCGUGUGGGUGAGCUGGAGAAGCAGCGCGACGCGUCCGAUACUGACAAGUCGCACGCGCUUAGCGCAGUCGAGGCGCAGCGAGAGGAGUUCCGUGCUGCGCUCAGUGCUGUUACAAAGGACCGUGAUCGUCUGCAGGCUUCUAUUGCCGAGCUGGAUACUAAGGUGACUGCGUCUGAAGCAGCAGUUGUUGACAUGACCAAGCAAGUCGAGUUGCUGACCGGCGAGAUGGAGGCCGCCAAGUCUUCUGCCGCCAACACCGAGGCCGAGCUCAAGGCACAGCUCGAGACUGAGAAGGAGGCAACUGCCGUCGCGGUUAACAAGGCCGAGAACAUGCAGUCGCAGCUGGAGACCGCCCAGACUGCCGCGGCCGACACCGAGGCCGAGAUCGAGGCCCUCAAGACACAGCUCGAGACUGAGAAGGAGGCAACUGCCGUCGCGGUUAACAAGGCCGAGAACAUGCAGUCGCAGCUGGAGACCGCCCAGACUGCCGCGGCCGACACCGAGGCCGAGAUCGAGGCCCUCAAGACACAGCUCGAGACUGAGAAGGAGGCAACUGCCGUCGCGGUUAACAAGGCCGAGAACAUGCAGUCGCAGCUGGAGACCGCCCAGACUGCCGCGGCCGGCACCGAGGCCGAGAUCGAGGCCCUCAGACACAGCUCGAGACUGAGACAGGCGCAGCGUUCGCACGCGCUUAGCGCAGUCGAGGCGCAGCGAGAGGAGUUCCGUGCUGCGCUCAGUGCUGUUACAAAGGACCGUGAUCGUCUGCAGGCUUCUAUUGCCGAGCUGGAUACUAAGGUGACUGCGUCUGAAGCAGCAGUUGUUGACAUGACCAAGCAAGUCGAGUUGCUGACCGGCGAGAUGGAGGCCGCCAAGUCUUCUGCCGCCAACACCGAGGCCGAGCUCAAGGCACAGCUCGAGACUGAGAAGGAGGCAACUGCCGUCGCGGUUAACAAGGCCGAGAACAUGCAGUCGCAGCUGGAGACCGCCCAGACUGCCGCGGCCGACACCGAGGCCGAGAUCGAGGCCCUCAAGACACAGCUCGAGACUGAGAAGGAGGCAACUGCCGUCGCGGUUAACAAGGCCGAGAACAUGCAGUCGCAGCUGGAGACCGCCCAGACUGCCGCGGCCGACACCGAGGCCGAGAUCGAGGCCCUCAAGACACAGCUCGAGACUGAGAAGGAGGCAACUGCCGUCGCGGUUAACAAGGCCGAGAACAUGCAGUCGCAGCUGGAGACCGCCCAGACUGCCGCGGCCGGCACCGAGGCCGAGAUCGAGGCCCUCAAGACACAGCUCGAGACUGAGAAGGAGGCAACUGCCACAGCGGCGGCCAAGAUAGAGGCCCUUCAGUCGCAGCUGGAGACCGCCCAGAGUGCCGCGGCCGACACCGAGGCCGAGAUCGAGGCCCUCAAGACACAGCUCGAGACUGAGAAGGAGGCAACUGCCACAACGACAGCCAAGAUCGAGUCCCUUCAGUCGCAGCUGGAGACCGCCCAGAGUGCCGCGGCCGACACCGAGGCCGAGAUCGAGGCCCUCAAGACACAGCUCGAGACUGAGAAGGAGGCAACUGCCGUCGCGGUUAACAAGGCCGAGAACAUGCAGUCGCAGCUGGAGACCGCCCAGACUGCCGCGGCCGACACCGAGGCCGAGAUCGAGGCCCUCAAGACACAGCUCGAGACUGAGAAGGAGGCAACUGCCGUCGCGGUUAACAAGGCCGAGAACAUGCAGUCGCAGCUGGAGACCGCCCAGACUGCCGCGGCCGACACCGAGGCCGAGAUCGAGGCCCUCAAGACACAGCUCGAGACUGAGAAGGAGGCAACUGCCACAACGACAGCCAAGAUCGAGUCCCUCCAGUCACAACUGGAGACCGCCCAGACUGCCGCGGCCGACACCUCCGGCGAGGCCCAGGAUCUCCGUUCCCAGUUGGAAGCCGCCAAGUCAACUGCCGCCAGUACCGUUGCCGAGCUGCAGUCAAAGCUCGAGGAAGCCGAGGUCAAGAUCGCCGGCACGUCGACCGCGUUCGAGUCUCUGUCGCAUACCAAGGCCAGCCUCGCUGACGAGCUGGCGGCGACGCGCAAGAACCUCGACGCCCUCACUGCUGUCAACGAAACGAUGGCAAGCAAGGUGGAGACGCUCACUUUAGAGCUGGACUCCAAGACAAGUGCUCUUGCCGCAUCUUCAGCCUCGCACGACGCCACCGCAACCGAGCUCGCCGCACUCCGCAAAGAGCACGCUGGCCUCGAAAGCCGCCUUGAAGAGGUCAUCUCCUCGCGGCAACGUAUUGAGGACGCCCUUGCGGCCACUACCACGGAUGCGGGUCAGGCGCAGUCCUUGCUCAAGGGCCAACUCGAUGACGUUCUUGCGGAGCGCGACGAGCUUCGCGCUCAGGUUGUGGCUGCACAGGCCGAGUGCGAGAGGCUGCAGGGCGAGCUCAAUGCUGCUGUGACGGCUGGCGAUGCUGCCACUUGCUCACUCGCCACUGCCACCUCUGAGCUGGCCAACGUGUCCACUCGCGCUGACCGGCUUACUGUUGAGCUUGCUGAUGCCAAUGCCCAGCUUGCCGAGGCAACAGCGCACGCCGACAGUCUAACUGCUUCUCUGGAGACUGUUUCAGCAGCCUGUGACGAGCUGGCUGCCGCCCACGAUGCGCUGCAAUCCUCGUCGACCAAGACUGCCGAGUUGCUCGCAGCUGCACAGACCGAGCUCGACACGCUUCGCUCUCUCGCACCCGCACUCGAGGCCGCCUCUGCUCGCUGCGACGAGCUGGAGGCCGCGAACAACAGGCUUGCUGCCGACCUUGACAGCGCCAGGGCCGAUCUUCAUACAUCAACGUCUCUGUCCGAGACGAUGUCGGCCGAGCUGGAGGAGGCCAAGGCACAGCUGGCGACUGCGUCCGAGGCAGCCGAGCUGGUCGACGCGCUCAAGCGCGAGGUGGCUGACACCAAGGCUAAGGCCAAGAUCGAUGCUCGCAAGUCGCAAAACCUCAUCAAGGAUCUUCAAAGCCAGCUGAAGAGUGCAAAUCCGGCGGCGGCAUCGGCAGCGUCGGCUGUCGGAAUCUCGGUCGAGGCACUGCAGGAGGAGAACACCAAGCUCCUCGACCGCAUCGCCGCGCUCCAGACUGCCGGCUGGAAGCUCGAGGAGCAGCUCGACGAUGCCAAGCGAGCACUUGCGGCGGCUCGACAAGCGCAGCCGGCCCCUGCCGCGGCCUCGUCUGGCUCCAAGAUGAAGUCGCUGCUCAACCGAGUCAAGGCUGUCGCGUCGACGCCAUCGCCCGACGUCGAGGCGCUCAACUCGGCGCUAUCGCAAGCCCACGAGCGCAACGCCAUCCUUGAGGAGCAGAUCGCGGCCAUGGCUCACAAGCUCGAGCGGGUCCGCAAGCGAGAGGAGCGUCGCAAGAAGCUCCAUCAGGCAUACGCCGAGCCGUAG